UUUCAGGCAAGGUCAGAGGUGACGGUGACGUUGUGACUGCGCGGUACGUUCGUGCGUGCGUGUGUGUGCGCGCACCGCGAAGAAAGGAACUUUCUCUCUCGGCUGACAGCGACAAGUGCGCCGGCCUGACGAGGCCAAGUGGCUGCAGGCAGUGUUGUUUGGUGGCACAGCCGUGUCGCUCCGUCUGUCUUGCGCCGCGCGGUGGACAUACUCGCUUUCACUCGGCAAGGGUAUUAGCUUUCGGAGACGCCUGUACCUCACGACGGAGACAAGGCCACCUGUCGCGACCAUCAGACAUCUAGCUCUCCGCGGCUGUUGCGGUCACUCAAGGCCAAGCGGGACUACCUUCGCAACCAGCUGCAACACCUGCACCAGAGCAUAAGCUCCUUUACCCUCCGCCGUCAGCAACCAGCUCCCUCCACCUGUGCCAGCACCUUACCUGCAGACCUCGCCACUGACGACGGUUCGCAAAGUCGCCUUUCGCCUGACGGUGCUGAUGGUGACCACGGUGUGACCGCAGCGGUUACAGACUGUGACAGUGGUGACCAGUCACGUGGUCAUGCUGAGGCUGGACUGGCAGUGCGCUGGUGGGGCUAUCAUGACCCUGCUUGGAGAGGGGUGCAUGGACAAGUCCGACCGGCCAGGUGCACGAGAGGACAAUAGACAGCCGACAGCCUGUCAGGGAGGUCGCGAAGGUGAGUUAGGCCACCUGCCCUACGAAUCCCUGGAGCGUCAGUUGAGCGAGGACCAAGAUCAGGGGAACAGUGUGAAGGCAGCAGACCAUGACGACGAGCUCCCCCUUGGAAGUGAAGCUAACAAUUUGAGGCAAUGCGGACAAGAAGCAAGCAGCCGGUCAGGUGGAGAACCUUUUCAGGACAAAAGAUUGCUAUGGUUACGACAAAAUGGUGGUCAGAUACCCAACUCUGGCUGGACAAGUUUCAACUCUGAGCUCUCCAAUCUAACCAGUGGCUCCAGUGCUAACAGUGUCGAGUGGUUGUUACAGGAGAGACAGGCAGACCCAGAACAGGUGUUGCUGAAUUUAGGUUUUGGCGGUGGCCUCUCCCAAUCUGCACCAAUGUUUACUCGCAUCCCAGAAAGGUUCUUGCAGGCACAAAAUGCACCUGUGCGUGAUGAGGUGCCUCUGGAAGGAAAUGAAGUUGCAGUUCAACAGAACUCAUCUCGAGGAGCCUCAGGUUGGCAAACAGCUCGGUCUUUGUCAGCAGCUAUGUUUGGCAUCAAGAUGCUCAGCUCUCUGCAACAGUCCUCAAGUAUGGGCAUCUUGGGCUCAGUGGCUUCUUCCACAACAGGAUCGCCCCCUUGUGUCACUCCGCCUGGCAAAGCACGAAGUGUGCUCCAUCCAGAUAAUCAGAGAGCUCUUGCACUGCGAGGUUUCUAUGGUGACAAUCUCCCUGAAGGCCUUGAGGUGGAGUUUUCAAACAAGCGGGAGGUCAGAGAAGAGAAAGAGGAUGAUUCACUUGUUGGGAAGAGUGCAGAAGAUAAACGCAAACGGUACCACAGCACACAUUCCAAACAUCAGCGAAGUAUUGUGGAAGCUGGAGGGGAGGAGGCAGAGCGUGCAGGGGAAUGGACUACCAGCAGGAUUCAAUGAUAAAGAGUGUAGAUUUCAGUACAACUACA